AGAACAUAUCCUAAUCUGUGUGUGCCACAGUUAUGCUCGUUUUUUCUUAAUAUUUCCAUUUGCGUAUUGUCAUUCGAAGAUGACGGAUGCGGUCAUGAGCUGUUUAGACGGCGUUGCUUAGAUUUAUAUCUACAAAUAUGUGACUGAGCUAAAUUGAUCGAAAAGUUUAUAAAAAUGUUUUUGUAUAAUUUGACCCUGCAAAGGGGUACAGCUAUUACCCAUGCCAUUCAUGGAAAUUUCUCAGGAUCAAAGAUCCAAGAAAUUGUCAUCUCCAGAGGAAAGAUUCUGGAGCUUCUCCGCCCUGAUCCUAAUACAGGAAAAGUACAUACACUUCUAACUGUAGAAAUAUUUGGUAUCAUAAGAUCCUUGAUGCCAUUUCGGUUAACAGGAGGUACUAAAGAUUAUAUUGUAGUAGGAUCAGAUUCUGGAAGGUUGGUAAUAUUGGAGUACAUAUCUCAAAAGAAUAUUUUCGAAAAGGUUCAUCAAGAAACAUUUGGAAAAUCGGGUGGUAGACGUAUAGUACCUGGUCAAUAUUUAGCUACAGAUCUUCGAGGAAGAGCUGUUAUGAUUGGAGCCAUAGAGAAGCAAAAAUUAGCAUACAUUUUGAACAGGGAUGCUCAAGCUAGAUUAACAAUAUCUUCUCCAUUAGAAGCUCAUAAGAGUAAUACUUUAGUUUACCAUAUGGUAGGAGUGGACGUUGGAUAUGAUAAUCCAAUCUUUGCCUGUUUGGAGAUAGAUUAUGAAGAAGCAGACUCUGAUCCAACGGGGGAAGCUGCCCAGAAAACACAACAAACUUUAACUUUUUAUGAAAUUGAUUUAGUUGUAAACCAUGUGGUGAGAAAAUAUUCUGAACCUUUAGAAGAACACGCCAAUUUCUUGGUAACAGUACCUGGAGGAGAUGAUGGUCCUUCUGGGGUAUUGAUUUGUUCUGAAAAUUACUUAACUUAUAAAAAUUUAGGAGAACAGCAUGAUAUUCGAUGUCCCAUACCUAGAAGGAGAAACGAUCUUGAUGAUCCUGAAAGAGGAAUGAUUUUUGUGUGUUCUGCCACUCACAAAACCAAAUCUAUGUUCUUUUUCUUGGCACAGACAGAACAAGGAGACAUUUUUAAAAUUACUCUUGAAACAAAUGGAGAUAUGGUGACUGAAAUUAAGUUGAAGUAUUUUGAUACUGUACCAGUAGCUACUGCUAUGUGUGUUCUCAAGACUGGAUUCUUGUUUGUAGCCUCCGAAUUUGGAAAUCACUACCUAUAUCAAAUUGCACACCUUGGAGAUGAUGAUGAUGAGUUAGAAUUCAGUUCAGCGAUGCCCUUAGAAGAAGGUGAUACUUUCUUUUUCGCCCCUCGUCCCUUAAGAAAUCUUGUUUUGGUGGAUGAAAUGGAGUCUUUAUCACCAAUUUUGUCUAGUCGUGUAGCUGAUUUAGCUGGUGAAGAUACUCCUCAGUUAUAUAUGUUAUGUGGCCGAGGACCUAGGUCAUCACUGAGAGUAUUGAGACAUGGUUUAGAGGUUUCUGAAAUGGCUGUUUCAGAGUUGCCGGGUAAUCCAAAUGCUGUGUGGACUGUAAAAAGGAGAAGUGAUGAUGAAUUUGAUGCAUAUAUCAUUGUUUCGUUCGUUAAUGCUACUUUGGUAUUAUCCAUUGGUGAGACUGUUGAAGAGGUAACUGAUAGUGGUUUUUUGGGAACAACGCCAACUUUAAGUUGUUCCGCUUUAAGUGACGAUGCUUUAGUACAAGUUUAUCCAGAUGGAAUAAGACACAUUUGUGCAGAUAAACGUGUAAAUGAAUGGAAAGCUGGUAAAAAGAGUAUUGUAAAAUGUGCAGUGAAUCAAAGACAAGUAGUGAUAGCUCUAUCUGGUGGAGAAUUGGUUUAUUUUGAAAUGGACCCCACAGGCCAAUUACAUGAAUAUAAAGAGAGAAAACGGAUGAAUUCCGACGUUCUGUGCAUGGCGUUAGCUAAUGUCCCACCCGGCGAACAAAGAUCGUGGUUCUUAGCUGUAGGACUUGCAGAUGGAACUGUAAGAAUAAUAUCUUUAGAUCCUAGCGAUUGUUUAGCACCCAGAGCUAUGCAACCUUUACCUGUUUGUGCCGAAUCUCUUGCUAUAGUAGAAAUGGGUUGUACUGAAAGGGAUCCCGACAGUGCUGCUGCUGCUAGUACUACAAGCACUUUGUAUUUAAAUAUAGGUUUGCAAAAUGGAGCGUUGUUAAGAACAGUUCUUGAUCCUGUUACUGGGGAUUUGACUGAUACUAGAACCAGGUACUUAGGAUCAAGACCGGUUAAAUUGUUUAGAAUAAGAAUGCAGCAAUCAGAAGCAGUAUUAGCAAUGAGCAGUCGAUCGUGGUUAAGCUACUACUAUCAAAGCAGAUUUUAUUUAACACCUUUAUCAUACGAAAGUUUGGAAUAUGCUUCAGGAUUUAGUUCAGAACAAUGUCCAGAAGGCAUUGUUGCCAUUUCAACUAAUACUUUGAGGAUCUUGGCACUGGAAAAGCUUGGUGCAGUUUUCAACCAGGUUUCUUUCCCUUUAGAAUAUACACCAAGAAAGUUUAUUAUCCAUCCGGAUUCUAAUAAUUUGAUAAUAUUAGAAACAGAACACAAUGCAUAUACGGAGGAAACAAAAAAACAACGUCGUUUUCAGAUGGCUGAAGAAAUGCGAGAAGCGGCUGGCGAAGAUGAACAAGAACUCGCCAGAGAAAUGGCGGAAGCUUUUCUUAAUGAAGAUUUGCCUGAAAAUAUAUUUUCGGCGCCUAAAGCUGGCCAUGGAAUGUGGGCAUCCACCAUGAGAUUGAUGGAUCCAGUACAGGGAAGCACGUACAAAUUGCUAAGAUUAGAGCAAAAUGAAGCUGCCAUGUCAGCAGCUCUAGUUAAAUUUCAUGGCCAGCCGGAGCAUCAGUUGUUUCUUAUUAUAGGAAUUGCCAAAGAUUUCCAACUUAUUCCUAGACAGUGCAAUCUAGGUUUUUUGGACACAUAUAAAAUUGAUGUUUCUGGUAAAGAGAUUGAACUCGUACAUAGAACAGUGGUGGAUGAAGUUCCUAAUGCUUUAUGUGGUUAUAAUGGAAGAUUAUUAGCGGGAGUUGGCAAAAUGUUACGAUUAUAUGACUUAGGAAAGAAGAAAUUGUUGAGAAAAUGUGAAAACAAGCAUAUACCCAAUACAAUAGUAAACAUUCAAGCUAUGGGUAAAAGAAUAUUCGUUUCAGAUGUGCAAGAAUCUGUAUUUAUGGUCCGUUACAAGAGGGCUGAAAAUCAACUAAUAAUUUUUGCAGACGACACGCAUCCAAGAUGGGUUACAUGUACAAGUGUUUUGGAUUAUGACACUAUUGCCACUGCUGAUAAAUUCGGUAAUAUCGCAAUUUUGCGAUUACCGACAAAUGUUAGCGAUGAUGUUGAAGAAGAUCCAACUGGACACAAGGCAUUGUGGGAUCGAGGGCUCUUGAAUGGAGCAUCACAGAAAGCAGACACAGUGGCAACAUUUCACAUUGGAGAGACUGUAACGUGGCUUCAGAAAGCUACUCUUAUUCCUGGAGGAUCAGAAUCUUUGAUUUAUACAACGUUGUCAGGAACUGUAGGAGUUUUAGUACCAUUUACGUCACAUGAAGAUCAUGAAUUUUUUCAACAUUUAGAGAUGCACAUGAGAAGCGAGAAUCCACCUCUUUGUGGAAGAGAUCAUCUUUCAUUUAGGAGUUACUAUUUUCCUGUAAAGAACGUAAUAGAUGGAGAUAUGUGUGAACAGUACAACUCUUUAGAACCAUCUAAACAGAAGUUUAUAGCUUCAGAAUUAGACAGAACCCCCGCCGAAGUUUCCAAGAAACUCGAGGAUAUUAGAACACGUUACGCUUUCUAAGAUUAUAAUAAAUUUUGUAUUAGGAUUUUCCUUAAUUUCAAUAAGUAUAAGAAUUUUGUAAAAAUAUAUUGUAAAAUCUGAA